AUGGCGCAGCUGAGACAGGAAUUGCCGGCUGUGUUCAUUGCCCUGCAGAAGCUCAAAGUCGACGACGAUGUCUACUCGGAUCCUCAGCGUGGUGGCUUCUUGGCUCUUGCUGAGCACUCCGAUGAGGGCCGGCAGCGUGCCCUGGAAAUGGUCUCCAAGAUGCAGCGUGCCUGGGCUUGCGAGGCCUCGUCGGGGGAUGCGCGGUGGCGCAACCCGUCGGCCGUCCUCUCCAAAACCAUCCGCAGCAUCAUGGAUGAGUUUCACAGGAGGAGGGGUGUUCCGUCCAACACGUCGGGCCGGGAUCGCGCGGCCAUGGAGCAGAGCCGCAAGCGGCGACGCUGA